UGGCCCUGCACAUCUCCCCUGUGAUCUCUGCCUCAAAUCGCGCCGUAACGUAAGACGCACUACGUAACAAAUAUUAUGGUUGUUAUAACAGUGUGUGUGUGUAAACUGUAAACCUUCUUCACCAGUUUUCCUGUCCUUGUCUGUGGCAGUGGUCGUGAUGCGUUCCAUACAAUAAAAAAAAGCAAAGUAUGAAAAAAAAACGGAGAUUCCUCUGAUGAGUUUAACAGUGAAAAGCCGCACGUACCGCAAUAGACCAGAGUUUAACCUCAAUCUGACGCAGCAUUAUCGCGUUACAAGUGAACAAGUGAACAGUUAACGACGAAAAAUAUUUAAAAAAACAAGCUGAAGGUUAUUAUUAGUGAUUGGAUAGAUGAGUCUACAGGACAGCCUCUUUGUCGAGGAGAUUGAGAACGACGUGAAGCUUUUUUCCGAACGAAAAAGAGCUAAGCGAGUUUUAAUUUUUCCACCAGUGAACAACUACCGGCGGUUUCUCAUUCAUCAAAUUGUUCAGGACAAUUUCUCGGAUCACUUGAGCACAUUCUCCAUUGGUCAAGGCUCAGCUAGACGCACCGUCGUGUGCUACAAGUCGGACGUGAUCCGAGAUCCAAAAUUGAAUGGUGUGGUGGCGCCGAAGGGCAGUGACUCUUCAUCGAUGGGGGUCGAGGACCGACGCUCACCAUCAGCUUCACCGGACAAUUCCCGUCAGCGACAAGUGAGAUCCACACCUACUGUCGAGAUAUAUCGUCCACCAGCGGCACGACGAGCUCAAAACGGAACAUCACAAAGUGUCACCACAACCGUGGAAUCCACUACUGCGAAAACAAGACAGAAAAGGCCGGAUCGUGCUGUGUACGUACCAAAGCAUCGUCGAAGUACAGAAGCUGAAGGACCUGCCCAGUCACAAGAAGAGGCACCUUCUACACGGCCAAAACAUGAACGUAAAAGUAUUAAGAGCCCUAAUACGGUGAAUCCGCCAGAAUCUCCUGAAGUAUGUAAACAAGAUCCUGAAGCAAGUCCGAAAGUAUCAACCGAUUCAUCGGUCCAUGAACUCUCUCAGGAAAGUUCGUCGCAGUCUCCACAACUAUCAGUGGACCUUCAAGAUAGAUCGAUUAUUGAAAACAACGAAAAUACUGAUCAGGAUGAAUUCCAAAGUGAAAACAAUGGUCAUUUUGAGGCAGAAGUGAUGUGUGAUACACCGCAUAUUGAUGUGAGACUGCAAACGGUUUCGGAAGUGAAAAAUAUCGACGAAGUGUUUAAUAAUAGACAGGAAACGAGUCCAAUGCGGAAUUCAGUGCCUGAUGUGUUGAUAAUAUCGACUAGUGAGAGUUCGCAGUCAGAGAAAAUUAGUCAGGAGGAAGUAACCACUCUUCGACCACCAGAAAAAAAACUCAAGAAGGUGGCGAGGGCUAAGAGUAAACCAGCGUCACCGCCAUCACCUCCGGUCAAAGUGAAUCGAGAUGAGUGUGACUGGGACAGUUUGUUUGAUGAUAAUGGGGAGUGUCUGGAUCCAACGCUAAUUGAAGAGCUAACAACUGCAGUUGGUGAAGUAACGAUAGAGCAACCAAAAAAUGACUACAGAGCAUUCAGCAGACCUGUGGAGGUCUCCAGUGAUGAAUUCGCGCAUGUCAUUGAAAUAUACAAUUUUCCAUCUGAUUUCAAAACGAGUGACCUUGCAGCUGUCUUCAGCACCUUUAAAAAUGGAGGAUUCGAACUCAGGUGGGUCGACGAUACCCACUGCCUUGGAGUAUUCAGCAGUCCGCUUGUCGCGGCUGAAGUAUUGGCGUCGGAUCAUCCAUUCGUGAAGACACGUCCACUCAGUGAAGCAACAGCACUUAGUAAGACCAAGGCGAGGAGAAGUGCUGAAUUCAUGCAACCGUACAGAAGCAGACCUGAAACGUGUGCUGCUUUGGCCCGGCGUUUAGUUACUGGUGCACUUGGAGUAAGAUUAGCAACUGCCAGACAGGAGAGAGAGCAUGAAAAAGUUGUUCUGCGAGAGGCUAAAGAAAAGAGGCGACUAGCGAAAAAACAAUGUGAUGACGCCUGGGAAGGUAUAAUAACGCCAAAAUGAUGACUAAAAAUUAUCUCUAAGACGAUGAAUGAAUCUAGAUAUCGUAAAAUUGUGCCUUACUCAUCUAAUUCUUCUUAUCGAUAGCGAAGAAAUAUCGACAAUGGGGACUCAAACAAUUGUUUCCUUCUUUUCUUUUAUGGGACUGGUUUUUUCUCACCAAAAAAUAGAUGAGUGUGGCAUGAGACAACUAGUGUCAAUGUUGUUUAUCGUUAUCUGUCUAAACUAUUAGGAUGUUUUUUUAUUCGUAAAAAGUGCAAGCAAUUGAUGUUCAAUCCCGUUGUGCUUAUCAAUACAAAUGAUCCUAGAGGACAUCGCAAAGGAAAAAAUUCAAUUCAUUGAAUCAGUUAAUUGUUGUUGUUAAAUGAAAGCUUAGGGAACCGUAAAUGUUGUUGAAUCGGGUGAUGCAAUUGAAUUUUAUUGUGUAGCAAUUUAUGUUGAACAAAAACUGCCUCUAAUUCAUUACUACGACAAUAAAACUGAAGUACGAAGUGAAAAAUUUAUACAAAUAAAUGAUGAAUCUCUUGUUAACAAAGGCAAAAUAAAUAUACAACGAUGCGGCGUUAAUUUUUGUACGGAAAAUAAAUCCCUAGAGAGAAUACAAAUUUAUCACAUUGAGCAGAUGGAGAUUUUCAAUAUUGAGUGUAAUUUUGAACGAAAAUUCAAUAAUUUGGCGACAGUUUAUUCUCUCGAUUUAUGUAAAUUUUUUGAAUUAACGCACAAUCACGAAUCGUAAAUGUCCUUCAUAAAAAAUGUAAAUGAAAAAUACCCAUGAUAUUUUUUUAUAAUAAAAAUUGUUACAAAGAGCAUUUUCAGAAAAAAAAUUGAUUCAUUGAAUAAAUAAAUAUAUAUUCGCCGGUACCUAGUCACAAUGAGACGGAAAACAAUGUUAUAAUUAACGUUAAUUAGGUAACAAGAAUGGGAGAUGGAGACAAAAAGUUGAUAAAGCAAUAAACAUAUUUUAUGUACUGCA